AUGGCUGUUUUGCUAUGGUUAUUAUUCCUAUCUGCAUUUCAUGUAGUAGCACUAGCACAACAAAGAAACUUCAAUAUAACUCCUGGUUCUUCUCUAACACCUACGGCCAAUUCGUCAUGGUUUUCACUCUCAAGGCGCUUUGCCUUUGGGUUUUAUGAGCAAACUAAUGGCUACGCUGUUGGAAUCUCCAUCAGCAGCAUGCCAAACAAGACAGCAGUGUGGACAGCAAACAGAAACAGUCCUGCUGUCCCAAGCAGCGCUGUCUUGCUCUUAACUAGUGAUGGAAGGCUCAUUGUACAAGUAGGACAAGGCCAAGAAAUCUCUGUCAUAAAUCCCUCUCAAGCCAUUGCUUCAGCUUCCAUGCUGGACACGGGCAACUUUGUGCUCUACAAUUCUAAUCACAAUGUCAUAUGGCAAAGUUUUGACAACCCGACAAACACCAUUUUACCUGGUCAGCAUCUCUCUGCUGGACAAGAGCUGUUCUCGAGUGCCUCGGAAAAAGAUGAUUCACGUGGGAUUUUCCGUCUCAAAAUGCAAAGCGAUGGGAACCUCGUUCAGUACCCUGUCCAGACACCAGACAGUGCCCCAUAUUCUUACUUCUCAACAGGCACCAAUGGAGUAGGGAAUAAUGUUACACUGAAUCUUGGCGAUGAUAGCCUCCUCUACUUACUAAAUUCAACUCUCAGUCUCAGAAAUCUAACAAAGGGAGGCUAUCCUAGAGAACGGACCAUCUAUUUGAUGAAAAUUGAUGUUGACGGUAUUCUUCGAGUUUAUUCACAUUCUCUGAGCCAACAAAACAGCUCUGCAAUAUGGUCAUCAACAGAUGAUAGAUGUGUUCCAAAAGGCCUUUGUGGGCUUAAUGGUUUUUGUAUCAAUAUAGAUGAUCAAGUUAACUGUGCGUGUCUUCCAGGAUUUGAUUUUGUAAGGCCAGGCAAUUGGAGCGCAGGCUGUGAAAGAAAUUUCACUGCAGAAACCUGUCGGUUAAAGGAGAAGACUUCUAAAUACUAUGCGAUGAGAACAGUUGAGAACACAAGAUGGGAAGAUAUCUCUUAUGCUACCUUGGUCACAACAACAAAAGAAGAUUGUGUACAAGCCUGUUUACAGGAUUGUAAUUGUGAGGCUGCUCUAUUCAAAGAUAGAGAGUGUAGAAAGCAGAGGCUGCCACUGAGAUAUGGAAGAAGAGACAUGAGUGAUUCUAAUCUAGCAUUGGUCAAGGUGGGCAUUAACGAGUUUGCAGAAGAAGGGUUGUUUAACCAGAUUGAAGAAACAAAAGGAGAAAAGCUAAGGAUGGACAUCCUAAUUGCCGGCAUUACAUUGGCUGCUUUUGCUUUCUUGGUGUUGGGCAUCUCCGGAUUCCUCAUUCACAGGAAUCAUAUCUGGACUUACAGGAAAAUCCAGGAGAGUAGAAGUGUUCAUUUAUGUGAAGAUGUUGGUCCACGAGCAUUUUCAUAUGCAGAACUAGAGCAGGCAACCAGUGGUUUCACAGAAGAGUUAGGAAGAGGAGCAUUUGGGACAGUAUUUAAAGGGAUGUUGGCAGAAGACCAGAAAGUGGUAGCUGUUAAGAGACUAGACAAGGAAUUGGUAGAAGGGGAAAAAGAGUUCCAAACUGAAAUGAAAAUCAUUGGAAGAACACAUCAUCGAAAUCUAGUCCGCCUCCUUGGUUACUGCUUAGAUGGAUCAAGAAGGCUUCUGGUGUAUGAGUACAUGAGCAAUGGUUCACUCUCAGACAUACUUUUCACACCAGAAAAACAGCCCACGUGGGAGGAAAGGUGUGGCAUCGCUAGAGAUAUUGCAAGGGGCCUCCUAUAUUUGCAUGAUGAGUGUGACACACAAAUUAUCCAUUGUGAUAUAAAACCUCAGAACAUACUCAUGGAUGAUAAUUUUUGUGCUAAAAUAUCUGACUUUGGAAUGGCCAAGCUCUUAAAGAAAGAUCAAACAAGAACCUACACAGGGGUAAGAGGUACCAGAGGCUAUGUCGCACCAGAAUGGCACCGAAAACUGCCAGUGACAGUGAAAGCAGAUGUUUACAGUUUUGGUGUCGUUCUAUUGGAAUUGAUCUGUCGACGGAAGUGUGUAGAUUGGAGCCUUGCUGAAGAUGAAUCGAUUCUUGAGUAUUGGGUUUACAGUUGCUUUGAGGCAGGAGAGCUAGGAAAACUGGUCGGGGAGGAGGAGGUUGAGAGAAGACAAUUCGAGAGAAUGGUGAAAAUAAGCAUCUGGUGCAUUCAAGACGAACCGUCACUUCGCCCUUCAAUGAAGAAAAUUCUACUGAUGCUAGAAGGGACAGUAGACAUUCCUGUGCCUCCUAGCCCUACUUCUUUUCUAAGUACCAUAUAG